AUGGGGAGAGCCAUGGCCGUCGGCGGUGCUGGUGCGGUUGACGACGGGAAGUCGUCCUGGCCGGAGGUUGUGGGCUGGGACGGUUUUACGGCGAUGAUCAAGAUCAAGGCUGACAGGCAGGACGUCACCAUAGAGUUCCACGCCGUCGGCGACAACGUGUCCCCGGACGAGGACGACCACCGCGUCCGCGUCUUCCUCGACCAGCAGAUAGUCGCCCAGACUCCGGUCGUUGGCUAG